ACCAGUAGGAAGUCAGUAGAUUAUCCAUUGUCCAAAAAAAUGAAUUAUCCUUUACUGUUCGGAUGUUAAACUGAAGAAAAAAAUCGAAAAACAAACUUUGGCAUAUUUGCGAUAGCGAUGUUUGUCAAUAUAACCAUUUGAGUUAUUAUUUUGACGUUUGAUGUUUUGCGAACGGAUAAUAACAUGGGCGCAUUCAAAUUUUCACUGUUGACUGUUGUGCUUGUGUCGCCUCGUUCGUAGCCAAGGUAUUUCAACGAGUUGUUCCGAUAUUCAUUUGACUAGGAAAUGGCCCAGAAUAUAAAUCCGUUCUACUCUUCGCAAAGUACGCCUAAUAAAGGUAAAGAGGAGAAGCAGAACGUGCCCAAAGACAAUCAUGCAGUGAGCAAAAGACUGCAGAAGGAACUCCUCGUUCUCAUGACCAGCACUGAAAAAAGCGUCUCUGCUUUCCCUGAUGGAGAGAAUCUCUUCAAGUGGAUCGGGACUAUUACCGGACCUCGAGACACUGUCUACGUGGGGCUGACAUAUAAGCUAACACUGGAGUUUCCGCACAGUUAUCCAUACAGCGCUCCUGUAGUGAGAUUUGCCACUCCUUGUUUUCAUCCCAAUGUGGAUUCGGCUGGUAAUAUCUGUCUGGAUAUACUAAAAGACAAGUGGAGUGCUCUGUAUGACGUUCGCACCAUACUUUUAUCGAUACAGUCCUUACUAGGCGAGCCAAAUAACGAGAGUCCACUGAAUCCCCAGGCGGCUGAGUUAUGGCCGAAUCAAUUGGAAUAUAAGAAACAUCUGCAUGAAGAAUACCGUAAGGCUCCAAGCCAUGCCAAUCAAGACUCAUGAUAAGCCCAUUUUCCCCGAAUCUCUUUUACCCCAAUAUUAUUAUGGUACCUCUGUUCUAUACAGUCAAAAUACACGUACUCUGUUUGACACGCGACCUACCACAACACAACAUAAAUACAAGAAAAACGGAAAACAAAACAAAUAGCUAUACAUACCUCUAACUAUGAAUAAAGAUGGAAUUUUUUUUUCGCUGACCUUAUUCAACUCAUCAAGACGUCGUCGCGUUUCAACGUCGUAACGAUUAAUUAAAUUGUAUCGUGUAAUCGGGCGAGUUUAAUCGGACCAUUUAAACUCCACUCACUGAGGUGGUUAGACGUUUAAGAUACACUUGUAUUGACAACAAAUAUUCGUGUGACCAAUUCCUUCGUGUGAGAUUGAUGAUAUUACACAAAAAAUAUGGGCAAAUGCAAAUUCAAUUAGGGGACUGAUCUCAGAUACACGCCACUAUUAUACAUUCACGAACUUUUUAUUAUUAUUAAUAUUAUUAUUAUUAGUUUGAUUAUGAUUAUACUGAUUAUGAGAACAAACCUUUAUUUAUUUUAUGUAUGUAAUAAAUACUAUUCUCUAGCUGAAAUCUCGCGAUACAUCGGGAAAUUUUAUAUUUUCUCCAUCAUACAUCAUACAUUAUUAUUAUUGUCGUGUAAUGCUGAAAUAAAUAUUUUAAAACCACA